AUGGCGGAGUCCCAUGCCGAUGCGCCGCCCGCCGCGGACGCGUCCACCAGCGGCCGCGUGUCUCAGCGGGACCUGCCGCUGAAGCCCGGGUACUACAACAAGCGCGACGACACCGUGCCGUGCGGCGCGCUGAACGUUAAGCUGCUGAGGUGUUAUAAGGAUGCGAGCGCCUUUUCGUACGGCCCCUGCAAGCCCGAAUACGAAGAGUUCUGGGAGUGCAUGCGCCACCAUCGGCCGCCGCACAAGGAGGUGAAGGAGGGCGCGUUCAUGGAUUAUGUGAAGAGCGAGGGGUGGCCCUGGUUGACCUCGCAGGCGCGCCAGCUGAAAGAGACGGUGCUGGGUGGUGGGAGCGCCGGCGCCAGCGGCGGCGGCGGCGGCGCUGAGCGUGCGUGA